AAAAAAAAAAAAAAGAAAGAAAUUGUUGAUCUUGACGUUACAACUCAUUCAGCCCGUUAUUGCCAUGCCAUCCCGUCCUUUGACCCAACUCACUUUGGCAUUACUCAAACCAGAUCUGGCAGCCAAUAGUGCUCAUGUCGGCAAAGUGUUUGCACACAUUCAACAGAAUGAAUUCAAAGUUCUGGCACAUAAACAUUUGCUAUGGUCAAAGAGUCAGGCGGAAGCUUUUUAUGGAGAACACCGGGGCAAAUUUUUUUUUGAGAGGCUAUGUGGCUACAUGACUAGUGGGCAUUUUUAUGCCCUGAUCCUCGAAAAGCCGAAUGCUAUAACAGACUGGCGUGCUCUUAUCGGACCCACCCAUCCACCGCGUGCUCGAAUCAAUGCUCCAGACACUUUACGUUCUCUUUAUGGCAUGACUGAUACUCGCAAUUCAUUCCAUGGUUCAGACGCAGCUGAGACUGCCAAGAAUGAAAUACAAUUUUUUUUUCCGGAAUUUGACUGGGAGAAAUGGAAUCAAGACCAACAAAGAAGUACAUAGGCCACAGAGGGCCUUUGAAGCCGAAGAAUAGGCUUGAGUGGGUUAUUGGCGGCAUAGAUAGUAGUAAUAGGGGGAUGCAGUUACAGAUCUCUGCGAGACCUUCUUGUCAAAUUGUGAAUAGGUCUAGCUUCCAUUGUGAUUCGCACAGCUCUCAGAAUCUAAUAAUCUAAUAUUGGUCAUGCAUCGAAUGUAUAAAUAUACUUGACCUCUGUUCAUCUCCAAAAAACAUUCAUUCGACUCUCCAUUGCUUUGCAUCAUCCAUUUCUAUUUCAUUCUGUUCUUCAAACGAAGCAGCUUAUAUCCUCUUUAAAAAGUUUUUUUUUAUUUUUUAUUUUUUUUUUUUCGUUCUUUCC